AUGAAUACCAUCACGUCAUCCCCAUCGUCCUCCAAGUCCAAAAAGAAGCAAACGACAACACCACAAGAGCAGCAACAACACGAAACGGCAUGGGGUGGGAGGUACCUCGGAGUAAGGAGAAGGCCGUGGGGAAGAUAUGCUGCGGAAAUUCGUGACCCUUCCACCAAGGAGAGGCAUUGGUUGGGUACCUUCGACACCGCCGAAGAGGCCGCCCUGGCAUACGACAGGGCUGCCCGCUCCAUGCGCGGGUCGCGUGCCCGAACCAACUUUGUCUACCCGGAUACCCCGCCGGGUUCCUCCGUCACCUCCAUACUCUCUCCAGAUGAACAAACUCAAACCCAAAUCCACCAUGCUCAAGAAUUCUCCUCUCUGUUCGACCAAAAUCCAUUUACCCAACAACCCGACCCGAAUCCGCAAUUCUCCUUGGGCGGGUACCCGGUGAUGACUAAUACAACUACCUUUUCUACUACAGAUAGCUACAGUUUUGGUUACACUGAGCAAAGUGAAGGAGGAACCAAUGUGGAGGGUUCACAUUUUAAACUGUUUGAUGAUGGUGAAACGCAGCUUCCACCGUUGCCACCGGAUAUUACAAGCUCUAUGGGCUAUGACAUGGGUCAUGGGUUUUACGGAGACAGCACCGGGUAUUCGGAUCCAUGUUCCAAUCUGAGUGAAAAUGGGUCGGGUUACCCGUAUUUGGGGUUUGAGUCCGGUGAUUAUGUGCAUAGUCCACUUUUUAGUGCAAUGCCAGCAGUGUCAGAUAAUGUGGCAACGGGUCAUGAUGGUUUUGACUUGGGAAGCACUUCUUAUUUCUUCUGA